CAUAUGUAUUUUCUAGAAUCACCUUAGUUCUUUCCACCGAGAAGAGCUGAAGGGAUUUUCAGGCAUAAGUUCCUCCGGCGAACUUUCCGGUGAGAGGAAAGGGAAUUUGGGGUUUAAUUUUCUCCGGCGAAUUUCCCGGUGAGAGGAAAAAGGGAACUGUUUCUGCAAUCAACAGUAUGCCAAUCAAAUGGGUUUUGCACUGGCAACCAAAUGCAGGGACAACAGUGAACAGUCAAAUACUGACAGAAGUAUCUCAAUGUGUUGAGAGCAUCAAUGGUGUUAAAGAAGGAAGGUGGAAAGACACUCUUAGUUUCUAUAAACCCAUGCUUAGAGUCGAACAAGCAAAUUCACUGGAGUUUCCCCGAGAUUUUCUGGGGAUUUCACUUCAAGAACAGCCCAACAAGUAUUACAUGGUAAUUAGAGGGCAACGGUUGAUCAUUGAAGCAGAGUCAUCAAUUCAGACGAUAAUGGAGAAGUUGCAGUCAUACAAAACGAGGGUUGCACUUAAUUUUGAGGGAUUUCAGUAUCAACUUGGUGACUUCCAGCUGCGAGUGGGGAAAGUUGUUACAAUACACUCUGAGAACUUGAGGGGAAUAGUUAUGGAGAUGGAGUAUCUUCCGAUUUCCUCAUGGAAGACAUCGCACCAAAUUAUGGGUGAAUUCUUCGACAUAUGGCAGGAAGCUCUUGGAAAACGAUCAUUACCAGGUCAUUUUGUGCACGUUGAACCAAAUUUUUCAGAGUAUGGUCUCUCUGAUCAAUACACUUCACAGCACACGGCUGUACAGUAUGCUAGUAUCAUGGCUCAAAUGAUAGCAACAGCUCAAUCAUCACAACCAAUGAGAAAUUAGAAAGUAGCAUAAUGUUCUGUUGACAGUAUUAACAUUUUGGCUUGGUACCUGUUGUAUUCUCAACACAAAAACAUUAAAAGAAACUGUAGUGUUCUGUUAACCUGGUCAUUAUGAUGCUACUACUGCUGCCUUAUAUAGAAAACCAAUGUUGAAGACAGAUCUAUAAGUAGUAAGAAACUGAAGUGUUUCGUCGAUUUUAACCUUGGCCACAAGUAACAUAGAGAUUACUGGUA